AUGGCAAUAAUCAAGAAUUUCACCCUGCCGGCCUCGGUGAAGGAGCUCAUUGCUGGUCCGGAUUCGAAAAUUUUCAUCGCUUUCGUCUCCUCACUGGACCCUGUUACCAAGCAGGCUUGGUGCCCGGAUGUCCGAGCUGCGAUGCCACAUAUCACCGAAGCUUUCGCUGGUGAUGAUACGCCGUCCCUUGCAAUUGUCGAGGUUGGACAAAAGCCUGAAUGGGCUAAUCCUCAGAAUGUGUACCGCACCACCUGGGCUACCAGGAAUAUCCCUGCGCUAGUUCGAUACCAGAACGUCAAUGGCGAGGUGACUGAGACUUCGAGAUUGGUGGAAGGCGAGAUUCUGAACAAGCAGAAACUCCAGGCGUUCAUGGCUUGA